AUGGACAGAUUCACCAGACAUUGUGAGUCUCUGAAAAGGCGUGAAGUCAGCUUGGAUACAGUCCGGAUGAUUCUUUUUCACUACACUUUGAAGGAUGCUGCAGAAGAUUGGUUGAGGUCACAACCCCCUAACAGCAUUCGAACAUGGGAGGACCUGGCGGAAAAAUUUAUCGCCAAAUUCUUUCCAUCCACACGCAUCAGAAAGGCGAAGCAGGAAAUUUAUGCAUUUAGACAAAGCAAAUCUGAAAAUUUGUAUGAGGCUUGGGAGCGUUUUCAAGAACUUCUGAGGAAGUGUCCAAGUCAUAAUAUUUCUGUUGGUGAACAAGUUGACAAAUUUUACUCAUCAUUGCGUGAGUACACGAGAGGUAUGUUGGAUGCAGCAGCUAAUAGUGCAUUUGAUUCAUUGCCUGCACACAGAGCUCUUGAGAUCAUCGACAAUUUGGCCACUAGAUCUUCACAGUCAGAUUAUGAUAGGGAGAACCGGGAAAGUGUGCAUGAAGUUGGAAUAAAUGAGGAUGUCCUCGCAUCCAACAGAAAGUUGUCACAAAAGAUGGAUGCAAUAGUACAACGUUUGGAUGGUCGCAAACUGAGUGCUGAAGAUGCUGCAUUUGAUGAGGAAGUGAAGGCAAUGGGUAAUCCUCAAAACAAUCCCUACUCAAAUACUUAUAAUCCGGGUUGGAGGAAUCACCCUAACUUUUCAUGGAAAGGUCAAGACAAGUUUGGAAAUUCAAGGGAGUACUCUAAUCAAAGGACUUAUGGUCAAGAUCAGAAACCUCAACCCUCUCAAGAGCAAGGAAGUGGGAAGAAGAGCCUAGAAGAAAUUGUGGGAGAACUGGCCCAAGCUACUAGCAAGCUUCAGGUAUCCACAAAUAGCUUCAUUAAUGAAUCCAGAAAUAACUUCAAAAAUCAGGAGGCUUCAAUCAAAAAUUUGGAGAAUCAGGUCGGUCAAAUUUCCAAACAAUUAUCUGAGAGAUCUCCAGGUAUGUUUCCUAGUAACACUGUGCCUAAUCCUAGAGAGAAUAUUUCUGCUGUUACUCUAAGAAGUGGAAAAGUUAUGCAUCAAAUUGAAAAGAAAAAAGAUAAUGAAAAGAAUAAGAGUGAGACUGAGAAUAAAAGUGAAACUGAAGUGAUAACAAAGAGGAGGUUGGAGAAGCAAUUCUCCAAGUUUGUUUCUAUGUUUAAAAAGUUGCGUGUAGACCUCCCAUUCUCUGAAGUUUUAGAAAAGAUGCCUCAAUAUGCCAAGUUCAUGAAGGAGAUACUUUCUAAGAAAAGGAAGUUGAGUGAAGAGAAUGACAUCGUUGAGCUUACUGAGGAGUGUAGCGCUAUUCUGCAAAAGAAGCUUCCACCUAAACGAAAGGAUCCAGGUAGUUUCACUCUACCUGUUAAUUUUGGGGCUUCAAAGGAAGUGAGAGCUUUAUGUGAUUUAGGGGCAAGCGUCAACUUAAUGCCCCUAUCAAUGUUCGAGCGACUUAAUGUUGGAGAGCUGAAGCCAACAAUGAUGAUGCUUCAACUAGCAGACCGCUCCAUGGUAACUCCUUGGGGAGUUGUUGAAGAUGUGCUAGUGAGAGUAGGAGAGUUUGAGUUCCCGGUAGAUUUUGUGAUAAUUGAUAUGGACGAGGACUCUAAAAUACCAUUGAUUCUGGGAAGACCGUUCCUAGCCACUUCACAAGCGAAAAUAAAUGUGGGAAAAGGAACAAUAUCUUUAAGGGCUGAUGAGAAAAUCAUUUUCACCAUAUUUGACCUGAAGCCAAAGCAAGUUGAGAAGAAUGAUGCAUUCUUGGUGGAGAUGAUGGACGAGUGGAAUGAUGAGAAGUUGAAACAGUUCUUCUUCACAGAAAAAACUAGAGCAAUAAUUAAGAAGGAGAAGAACCAAAGAAAUCAAGCUGAAUCAGUUCAUUUUGCAAGCGUUGUGGUCAACAUGGAGCAGAAAGAGGAGAAAGAGAAAGGAGAAUACUUCAUAUGGAAGCCAAAACCUAAGAAAGAUGAGAAACCUCCCAUCCCUUUUAACUCUAAAUUGAAUAAUUGUGUUCAUGCUUUUGAGAUUGCUUGCAAGAACAUGGUGAAAAUGUGUGCUGAGUUUAAGGAUCCUGGAAGUGCAAUUCACUAUGGGGUAAACCCCGGAUAG